CCCCCGCGCAGCCAUUGCGGGCAGGCCCCGCGCUGCGGCCCGGUCCGUCCGCCCCGGCGGCCCCGGGGACAUGGUGCCGGGAUGGCCCGGCCCGCCGAGACCUUCCCGCUGCACCGGCUCGUCUGGCACAACCGGCACCAGGCGCUGGACAGCGCCCUGCGCGCGGGGACGCACGACGUGGAGCUGACAGACCCGCGUGGCCGGACGCCCCUGGAGCUGGCCGUGUCUCUGGGCCACCUGGAGUCGGUGCGGGUGCUGCUGCGGCACAACGCCAACGUGGGCCGGGAGAAUGCCAAUGGAUGGACGGUGCUGCAGGAGGCAGUGAGCACGGGGGACCCCGAGAUGGUGCAGCUGGUGCUCCAGUACCGUGACUACCAGCGGGCGACGCGGCGCCUCGCCGGCAUCCCCGAGCUGCUCAGCAAACUGCGGCGGGCAUCCGACUUCUACGUGGAGAUGAAGUGGGAGUUCACGAGCUGGGUGCCCCUGGUGUCCAAGGUGUGUCCCAGUGACGUGUACCGCGUGUGGAAGCGCGGCGAGAGCCUGCGGGUGGACACCACCCUGCUGGGCUUCGAGCACAUGACGUGGCAGCGCGGCCGCCGCAGCUACAUCUUCAAGGGGGAAGACGAGGGGGCCGUGGUGAUGGAGGUGGACCACGACAAGCAGGUGGUGUACACGGAGACGCUGGCGCUGGCCCUGCACGAGCCUGAGCUGCUGCUGGCGGCCAUGCAGCCCACUGAGGAGCACGUGGCCGGCCGGCUCACCUCGCCCAUCGUCUCCACACACCUGGACACCCGGAACAUCGCCUUCGAGAGGAACAAGUCUGGGAUCUGGGGCUGGCGCUCGGAGAAGAUGGAAGUGGUCAGUGGCUACGAGGCCAAGGUGUACAGUGCCAGCAAUGUGGAGCUGGUCACCAAGACCAGGACGGAGCAUCUCUCUGACCAGGACAAGUCACGCAGCAAAGGCUCCAAGACCCCCUUCCACUCCUUCCUGGGCAUCGCGCAGCAGCACGGCACCCACAACGGGGCACCCGUCCUGCAGGCUGCCAGCCCCACCAACCCCACGGCCAUCACCCCCGAGGAGUACUUCGACCCCCACUUCGACCUGGAGACCCGCAACAUCGGGCGCCCCAUCGAGAUGUCCAGCAAGGUGCAGAGGUUCAAGGCGACGCUGUGGCUGUGCGAGCAGCACCCGCUGUCGCUGGCGGAGCAGGUGACGCCCAUCAUCGACCUCAUGGCCAUCUCCAACGCCCACUUCGCCAAACUGCGCGACUUCAUCACCCUCAAGCUGCCCCCUGGCUUCCCUGUCAAGAUCGAGAUCCCCCUGUUCCACGUGCUCAACGCCCGCAUCACCUUCAGCAACCUGUGCGGGUGUGACCAGCCCCUGGGCUCCGUGCGGAUCUGCGCCCCUCAGGAGCCCUCCGGCACCCACCCCCCUGGCACCCAGCCCUCCGGGCCCAGAGCGUGGCCGUUCCCGUGCGAGGUGGAGGCGGGCGUGUUCGAGGUGCCCGCGGGGUACACGGUGCUGGGUGCGGGGCGCAGCGAACCCCUGCGUGACGAGGACGACGACCUGCUGCAGUUCGCCAUCCAGCAGAGCCUGCUGGACGCUGGCACCGAGACCGACCAGGUGACCAUCUGGGAGGCGCUGACCAACACCCGCCCCGGGACGGAGCCGCCGCCCUACGAUGAGGACCUGCAGCUGGAAAGGGCGCUGCAGGAGAGCAUGCUGCUGCAAGCCGGGCCCAGCGCUGAGCCCCCGGCCACCGGGAGCCCCCCUGGAGCAGGCGGCGGGAGCCCCCCGGGCCCCCCCGGGUAUGGCAGCUUCGCGGAGCAGCUGCGCCUGGCCAUGGCGCUGUCAGAGCGGGAGCAGGAGGAGCGGGAGCGGCGGCGGCGUGAGGAGGACGAGGAGCUCCAGCGCAUCCUGCGCCUCUCCCUCACCGAGAAGUAGCGCCCUGGGGCGCUCCACGCCGGCACAGGGACGUCCCAGGCGGGGACGGGGGUGUCCCAUGUGGGGUCACCCCACGCAGGGAUGCAGAUGUCCCGCGUGGGGACACCCCUUGCAGGGAUAGGGACACCCCACCCAGGGGUCACCCCGGUGCAGGCACUGUCCCACACCAAGGUGGCCCAGCGCAGGCACAGCCCUGCCUGGGAAGCAGCCGGUGCCGGGAUGGCCCCCCCCAUGAUGGGGACCCCCCUAAUGUGGGCACAGCCCCCGUGCAGGGGAUUUGAUCCAGGGAUCCUCCUACCCCCGGGACCCCCAAUCCAGGGCUCUUCUCCCACCAGGCUCAAACCUCAGCCCAGGGACCCUCACCUGGGGACCCCCCCUCCAGGGAUACCCCUGUGCCCAGGACCCCUCCCUAGGGACUCCCCUCCUCUUUGGUGUUGUACUGUGACCCCAUGGCAGGCAGGACGGACCCGGGGGUCCCCGUGGGAUACAGGUGACCCCUGUUUUAAGGCAGUGCAGUGUGGGGGAGACUGCUGGGGGACCCCCAGGCCUCGUCCUUUGGGGCAGUGGGGGGGCAGGGGGGCCCCGAAUGUCUGUACAUAUACAUAUACAUAUAUUAUAUAUAUAUAUACACA